AUGGCUCGCGAGGUUAAUCCUGCGUUUGAACGAGGUCAUGUUUACAUACCGAAUACUCACAGAGUCUUGGUCCCUAAAGAUAUUUGCAAAUGUACCGUGGUGGUAACGGGUAAUAGGAUCUUAGGGCAUGAGACCGGAGAAAAGUUAGCACAUCCAAAGGAAGCAGUAUUUUUACCGAUAUCAUCAUCCAUGGAAGAAAAAAUAAAUCCUAGCCAAAGGAAUUGA